CUCCUCAGCACACGCCGCUUUGUCACCCGUGACCUCCGGCACCACCUACAGCAUAAACGGCACGCCCUCAUCGCCCUGCUUGGGGUAGUGGAAGUCGAUCUUGACAUCGCGCGGCUCGGUCGUAUGGGGCACCAUCACGGUCAGCUCGCCCUUCGUGUAGUCGUAGCUUGCACUUCCGUAGCUCACCAGCGGCAUGCCGGCGGGUUCGAGAGGGAUGGGCUGCAUUAGGAGGGCAUCCUUGACUCUGUUGACGUUGUUCACGCGGCUGCGGUCGGUCUUGUCCAUCUCGAGCUCCAGCUCUUUCACCCAGUGGGCAAAUGCAUCGUGUUCAAGCUCAAAUACACGCUCUCCGCGAGAUAGCAGCAUGUGCAACGCCGAGUCGGGGUAGCGCUGAGCGAUGUGGGCCACGAGAGCUGCUGAGAGGGUCAGCGGCUCGCCUCCAACACGAAGCUGGAGAUCUGACGUCGAACUUGAAGCUGGUGGUGAGCUAUCGCUGGUGCUGCUUGAGGCCACUGCUUGAAAAACGCUGUUGCUGAGCCUCCAGAGCAGAAUGAGGUCCUUGGCCAACGAGCGGCCUGCAACCAUACAGCGAGUCCACGAAGACACAUCCAGGGAUCUGCGUGUGUGCGUGUCAUCAUGACUAGAUCUCGUCUCUCGUCUGCGCGUACCGAGGCGCUGGUGGACCAUCGCCACCAGGGCCGCUGUGAUUGCGGCGGCCGAUACGACGGCCGGGGGAAGGGCGUGGCCGCAGCCGACCAAUGCGAGCGCCUCAGCUAUGAGCCGGAGAGCAGCCAACACAGCCGCGGCCGUCAACAGGCCGGGGGUGAGAAGUUCGACGCUGGAUCGGAAGUUCGACGCUGGAUCGGACUUGCAUGACCUCGGCAACAGCAAGCUGACACCGUCACACUGACCAGAGACGGAGGAGAGAGCGGAUCAGCAACGAAUCGCGAGAUCUGUCCUUCGCUUAAACGUUUACCUGUUUCCUUCUCCCAUUGGCUAUCCUCACAGACUG